CCGUGACCCGGAAGUACUUAGUUAUUGUUGUCUGCUUCACAGAAGCGUAAGUAAGCGCCAGUUUUCAUUGAAUGGGAAUGCAUUUAUCGUUUAUUCGAUGUAUUCAAUUCAAAUAACGGAAAAUACACACAAAAUGGACCAUUGACAGGUAUCUCUUUCGGAGAAAUACUAGAUCUAAACGGCUUUCCACUAGAUGUUGGAACAUUGCUGCGGGGACUUGCUUCCAUUCAGCCACAAGAGCAUUCGUGAGGUCGGGCACUGAUGUUAGGCCUGGCUAGCAGUCGGCAUACCAAUUCAUUAAGUUCAGGGCUCUGUGCAGGCCAGUCAAGUUCUUCCACACCGAUCUUGACAAACCAUUUCUGUAUGGACCCGCUUUGUUCACGGGGGCAUUGUCAUGCUGAAACAGGCAGAGGCUAUAAGCAGGUGUUGUUGGUGGGGUGCCCGUGGAGAGAGAGAUGCGAGACAGUGGAGACAGCUUGGCACAGAACCACUGGACCAAUGAGCUGACACUGGCAGGGGACCCUGAGACAGUCAGACAGGAGGCCACUGGACCAGGAUAUCUGUUGGACUCCAGAACGCCUCACCAUGUUCAUAGAAGUUCCAUGCAUUUCAAGCUAGGACGGCCUGAGGAGGAAGCUAGCAUGUGGGGCAUGGAAGAACGUAUGGAUAUGGACCACGGUGAAGAGGAUAAGGAGGAGGAUUUCAGUUGGGAAGAACCAGGAGAGGAUGAUUGGACUGCACCACUUCUAUCGCCAUCCCAUCAUCAGAGUAGAUCCACAGCCAGUGACUCUGGUAGCCCCUCACAAAUAAAAACACAGCCCAAUGGGUUCAGGAUGCGGAGGCUGCUGCGCUGGUAUAGACUCAGUAGGACUGUGAACCGCCGCACUCGCUUGGCCCUGCAUUGGAGGACAUGGUGCCAGCAGGCUAAAUGGGCUGGGUCUUUGGGCCUGGGGUACAGGCGAGCUAGGCCUAGGAGGUGGCACCUCAGGAGCAGAAACAAACAUCUCCACAACAGACAGAAGCCAGGAAGAUCCUGUCUGCAUGGGGGAACUCAGGGCUGCUUUAAGGGAAGGGAAGAUAUAGAGGCUGGAGAUGACCCUUGGGUGUGUGGGACGAAUGGACACAUAGGGAAUGAGGUGGCGAGUAAUGCAGCCAAGGUUGGGGACAGGGACGGGCUGGGCUUCCGGGAAUCGUCUAUAGGCCUGCCAACCAUCCACAGGGAUAAACCACCACCUCAGCAGCAACUCAGCAGUGAACACAUCUCCUGUGUACAAGGUAUGUUGAAUGAAUUCCUGCACCAGUACGGGAGCAUGAUCCCUAUCCAUGUGGAUGAGGUGGUGGACAAGCUACAGGACAUCUUCCCCAGCAAGAACUUCUCCGAUCCACACAGGAGAGUUGUUGUGCAGCACCUCAUCCAGUCUUACCAGCGUCUGUCUGGGACUGCCAUGGUGAGGGGGUUCCGUGUCAACUACAAGCGCCACACCCUCACAAUGGAUGACCUCAGCACAUUGUAUGGACAGAACUGGCUCAAUGACCAGAUCAUGAACAUGUAUGGGGAUAUGGUUAUGGACACAGUCCCAGAAGAGGUUCAUUUUUUCAACAGCUUUUUUUACGACAAGUUGAGGACAAAGGGCUACGACGGGGUCAAACGGUGGACAAAAAAUGUGAAUAUUUUCCAGAAGAGGCUACUGUUGAUCCCUAUCCAUCUGGAGGUGCACUGGUCUCUGGUGUGUGUGGACGUCCCAGAGCGCGCCAUCACAUACUUUGACUCCCAGCGCACCCUCAACCGCCGCUGCCCAAAGCACAUUGCAAAAUACUUACAAGCUGAGGCAAUCAAGAAAGAGCAGAAAGAUUUUAUCACAGGGUGGAAGGGUUUCUUCAAAAUGAACGUGGGCAGGCAGAACAAUGACAGCGACUGCGGAGCAUUUGUCCUCCAGUACUGUAAGUGCCUAGCCUUAGAGCAGCCUUUCAGUUUUGGCCAGCUGGAUAUGCCAAAGCUAAGGAGACUCAUGUACAAAGAGUUGUGUCAUUGCAAGCUCUCACUGUGAGUUUGAAUGAAAGAACUAUCGUAGAACGAAAGAAGAUGAAGACUAUUCACCCUUCCCAUCCCCCUGCUCUCUAGGCAGAUAUGUUUUUUACAAGAUGGACAUUGUUACAUUUUUAUUUUCUUUCUAUCUGUUUAUUUUCCUUUUUGAUUUAAGUAAACUGUACUCCUAUGAGGAUACUAAACAAAAGAACGGUUGUUGCACUUAGAGUGUGAUGUAGGAGAUUAUUAUAAUAUUUUUUUAAAUAUAUUUUAACAUAUUUUACUUUUUCUCCCCAAUUUCGUGAUAUCCAAUUGCGAUCUUUUCUCAUCACUGCAACUCCCUAAUGGGCUCAGGGAGGUGAAGGUCGGGUCAUGCGUCCUCAGAAACAUGACCCGCCAAACUGCUCUUCUUAACACCCACCCUCUUAACCCAGAAGCCAGCCUCACCAAUGUGUCGGAGGAAACACCAUUCAACUGAUGAACAGAGUCAGCCUGCAGGCGCCCGGCCCACCACAAGGGGUCGCUAGAGCGCGAUGAGCCAAGUAAAGCCCCCUCUGGCCAAACCCUCCACUAAUAUGAACGACCCUGGGCCAAUUGUGCUAGCCCAAUGGGACUCCCAGUCACAGCCGGUUGUGACACAGCCUGGGAUCGAACACGGGUCUGUAGUGACGCCUCAAGCACUGCGAUGCAGUGCCUUAGACCGCUGUGCCACUUGGGAGGCCAAGAGAGAUUAUUUUUUGGUCCUUGAUGUUGUUGGGGGAUAGCCAGGGGUAUAGUGUUGAAAAUAAAAUAACUUUCAUUUAAGUCAAAUCAAAUGUAUUUAUAUAGCCCUUCUUACAUCAGCUGAUAUCUCAAAGUGCUGUACAGAAACCCAGCCUAAAACCCCAAACAGCAAGCAAUGCAGGUGUAGAAGCACGGUGGCUAGGAAAAACUCCCUAGAAAGGCCGAAACCUAGAGAGGAACCAGGCUAUGAGGGGUGGCCAGUCCUCUUCUGGCUGUGCCGGGUGGAGAAUAUAACAGAACAUGGCCAAGAUGUUAAAAUGUUCAUAGAUGACCAGCAGGGUCAAAUAAUAAUAAUCACAGUAGUUGUCGAGGGUGUAACAAGCCAGCACCUCAGAAGUGAAUGUCAGUUGGCUUUUCAUAGCCGAUCAUUAAGAGUAUCUCGCUCCUGCUGUCUCUAGAGAGUUGAAAACAGCAGGUCUGGGACAGGUAGCACGUCCGGUGAACAGGUCAGGGUUCCAUAGCCGCAGGCAGAACAGUUGAAACUGGAGCAGCAGCACGGCCAGGUGGACUGGGGACAGCAAGGAGUCAUCAUGCCAGGUAGUCCUGAGGCAUGGUCCUCCGAGAGAGAGAAAGAAAGAGAGAAUUAGAGAGAGCAUACUUAAAUUCACACAGGACACCAGAUAAGACAGGAUAAGUACUCCAGAUAUAACAGACUGACCCUAGCCCCCCGACACAUAAACUACUGCAGCAUAAAUACUGGAGGCUGAGACAGGAGGGGUCAGGAGACACUGUGGCCCCAUCCGAUGAUACCCCCGGACAGGGCCAAACAGGCAGGAUAUAACCCCACCCACUUUGCCAAAGCACAGCCCUCACACCAUUAGAGGGAUAUCUUCAACCACCAACUUACCAUCCUGAGACAAGGCCGAGUAUAGCCCACAAAGAUCUCCGCCACGGGACACAACCCAAGGGGGGGCGCCAACCCAGACAGGAAGAUCACGUCAGUGACUCAACCCACUCAAGUGACGCACCCCUCCUAGGGACGGCAUGGAAGAGCACCAGUAAGCCAGUGACUCAGCCCCUGUAAUAGGGUUAGAGGCAGAGAAUCCCAGUGGAGAGAGGGGAACCGGCCAGGCAGAGACAGCAAGGGCGGUUCGUUGCUCCAGAGCCUUUCCGUUCACCUUCACACUCCUGGGCCAGACUACACUCAAUCAUCUGACCUACUGAAAAGAAGUCUUGAUGAAGUGUUGAUGGAUCACAACCUUAUUUUCAGUUGAUUUGUAUUCAUUUUUAGUGAACAUGGUUUGUGGUCCAUUUAGCUUUUGGCGAAUUAAUAUUUCCUAUUAGAUGACAAGAUAAUUGAUUUAUUUUUAUUUGAAUCUGAAAUCAUUCAACACAAACAGUUUUGUUUUGUCUAAAGGAAAUAUUAAAUCAUGAGAAAAUUAAUGAUUUGAUUAUUCAAAUGUUGUGUUUUUAAUUAUCGGUUCUGGUUCUGCCUGUGCACCAGUACGUUUUGGCCAAUGAAUAGUCGUGGCUUGCUGACACAGAAAAUUAUAAAUGGGUCGUUCUUCAUGUUUUUGAUUUGACAUAUGUAAUCGAAUAAAUGGAUACAUGUUA